AUGAGGGAGAGUAGACAUUUCAACACGCUGCCCUGGGCGUUGCUGCUGGUGCUGCUGCUUGCCGCACUCACGCUCCAGUUGGCAGCCGCUAGCGGCGUUCCAGUGGAGGAUGAGCCAGCAACGGGGGCAGAGAAUGUCAGCACGGAGAGCAACGAGAUUAUACCACGAGAGGCCAUACAGAAGCUGGACUAUUCGGUGCGACAGGCGCUAUUGCGUGCCAUAGACAAGCUGGAGCGCGAGGAGGCGUCGGUGUCGACAUCAACCACAGCUGAGAUAGUGGCGCCUAGCUCCACACUGGCCGCUCCACGUGAGCGCGAAGAGAUACUGGAGGAGAGCACCAGCUCCACGGAUGCUGUGGUGCCCACCGUGCAGUUCUACACGGCAACCUUUGACGAACGCAAUGCCCAGGAGCAGUUGCUCUCCUCCUUUAUCGAUCGCUCUAAGCUGUGGAAGAAGACAACGCCGGGCGCUGCAGCCUCUCCACUUUCCAUCGAGGCGGAUUUAGGUCCCGACUCGCAUCAGCUAACGCGCAGUGUGGACAGCUCGCUGGGCAGCAAUGAGAUAGCGCACGAUGGCAGCAACGAGAUCAAGUUUGAGAUACGCAACGUGAAAAAGGAGACGACAACAACAACGACAACAGCAGCGACGACGACGACCACGACGACAACAACGCCGCGACCACGUACCACCAGACGUCGCACGACAAGCACCACAACCACCACAACAACAACAACGCCGCGGCCCACACACAACGAGGACGGCGAGAACAUCGAACUGGUGGACAAGCAGGACAUACGCAUACAGGAGGCGCCACUGGUCACAGCCUUCACCGUGGAUUUGGAUGAGCGAGGCACGGCGCAAAAGUUUCGCCCGCUGCUGCAGGGCGAGCACAGGUUGCCACAGCAUCAGCAGCACAGUCUGCAGCAACAGCAACAGUUGCAACAGCUGCAGCUGCCACAUAUUGGACCCACCAUCACCAAGUUGAAUGUGUUGGAAUCGGAGCUGCCAGCAGCACCGCUGACAACACAGAGUCCCACGAUCAUCAGCAGCACGAGCACCACGCAGACGAAUCUUCAGCACGUUGGCUUCUCCACAACGCCAGCCUUUCUCAGCAGCAGCAGCAGCACCACGAACAACAACUACCUUAAGGAGCCACUGGCCAGCUCUAGUGUCACGGCACCCGUUCCGCCCAGCGUCAACAACUACAUUAUUGAGCGACAGCGCGCUCUCGAGCAGCAAAUCUAUCAGCUGAAGCUGCAGGCACAGCAGCAGCAGGCGUUGAUCUUGCGGCAAUUGAAGCUGCUCGAGGAGCAGAGCCAAAGUCGUUAUCAAGCUACGCCGCUUGCGCAAUCGAGUACACUGCAGCCACUGCUACAGCAGCAGCAACAGCAACAGCUGCAGCAACAGCAACAGCUGCAGCAACAGCAACAGCUGCAGCAACAGCAACAGCAGCAACAACAACAACAGUUACAGUUACAGCAGCAACAUGCAUCACUGGAGGCAAUACAAACGCUGCAGCCACCUUCGCCUGGUUACUCCAUCAGACCUUCAGUCGAAUUUAUACCCAGCACACAUACGAAGACCAUUAUCUAUCCCACAUAUCCAAUUGAGCAGCAAUUGCCGCUGCGCGAUGCCGUUGCGGCUCAUAAAUUUGCCCUGCACAGCAGCAGUAGCAACAACAACAACAACAACAACUAUCAGAAAUUGCCAACGGCAACGAAUGCAGUGCAACAAAUUUUCCAAAAUUUGCAAAAAAAAGCGGAACAUGCUGUCAGCAAUAGCCAAAGUGCCAAUAGCAUUGCCGGCAGCAGCAGCAACAACAACAAUAACAACAAUCAUUUACAGCUACAAACCUCAAAUCAGUUCAACUUUGCGCCUGCGGAGGCGUCUAUCUUGCAAGCCCCGCCUCAGAAUAAUUACCAACAGUUUCAGCAGCAGCAGCAACAGCAGCAACAGCAGCAGCAGCAGCUACAGCUGCAACCAUUGCUACUGCCUAGCUACGUAAGCAAUGCGCUCUAUCAGCAGCAGCAGCAACAGCAGCAACAGCAGCAACAACAGCAGCAGCAUCGCGCACGUCUCUUUCGCCAGGAAACAGGCACUGGAAACUUUGGUUUGAAUAAUGAAAAUGUGGAAAUCCAGCCAAGCAACUCCUUUGCGACCACCAUUGUGAGCCAGCAUAACGAUUUGGAUAAUCAAAAUUUCUAUCGGCAACACUUGACGCCGCAGCUGAGCAACCAGUUGCAGCAGAACGCGCAGCAAUACCUCCAGCAGCAGCUGUUGCAGCAGCAAUCCAAGUCAGCGACAGCAACCGCAGCUGAAGCAGGAGCAGCAGGCACGUCCAGCGUGAGCUCAGCUCUCAACCAUGGCAUACCGCAAUUUGCAUCACAAAACCUGCACUACAAUGGCGCCUUUUGA